GGCCCUUUGUGUUCAGAGACUCAUCUCUCACAUAUGAAUAAUUGAAGCGCGCGAGAGAGAGCAGACGGAGCUCCCGGCGCGCGCUAUGACUUGUGCUGCCGCGUCACACCGCCACCGCGCGCUACUGCCGCUCCUCGUGUCUCCAAGUCACACAGACGCUGGUGAGAAGUGAGAACCCGCCACACGAGACACAUCCGGGCGAACAGCUGAUUUUUGUCAUAAACGGGAAAAUAACAUAAUAAAGGUGUGCUCGUGCUUUUGUCAGAGUCCGUGAGGGACAAAGAGUUGACGGUAAGCGAGUACUUCAAGCAAGUUAGCGGCAGAGCGAGGAGCGCGGGAAAGUCUUGCUGGUGUUCAGAGAGAGCGGAGCGCUGUCCAGGUGAGCCCGGUGAAGUGCGUCCUCCAGCAUGUUGGUGCUAUGUCUGCUUGGUGCCGUAUGGCUCGCGGCAAGUCCAACCCGUGCGCAGAAUGACACGGAGCCCAUAGUCCUGGAGGGGAAGUGCCUCGUGGUGUGCGACUCCAACCCCACCUCCGACCCCACGGGCACGGCGCUGGGCAUCUCUGUGCGCUCGGGCAGUGCCAAAGUGGCCUUCUCUGCUGUGCGCAACACCAACCACGAACCCUCCGAGAUGAGCAACCGCACUAUGGUCAUCUAUUUUGACCGGGUUCUCGUAAACGUCGGCAAAAACUUUGAUGAAGAAAGAAGUAAUUUCAUCGCACCACGCAAAGGGAUUUACAGUUUUAACUUCCAUGUCGUCAAGGUCUACAACCGCCAAACCAUACAGGUGAGUCUGAUGCACAACGGCUGGCCAGUCAUCUCAGCUUUCGCCGGUGACCAGGAUGUGACACGUGAAGCAGCCAGUAACGGCGUUCUAAUCCAGAUGGAGAAGGGCGACCGUGCCUACCUCAAACUGGAGCGAGGCAACCUGAUGGGCGGAUGGAAGUACUCCACCUUCUCGGGCUUUCUGGUGUUCCCCAUGUAGAGGGCCUGUGUGAGGCAGAGGAGCUGAGGGGAGGUGGACAGAAGAAGCUGCUGAGGACAGGACAAAUACUGAAGAAGAGUAGACACUGGGAGAAAGAGGAACGUUAUAGACUUUUUGGAGCGCUGCUAAAGCGGGGAGGCCGGAGGAGAGAUAUUUAAGUGCAAAAAUAGAUCCAAGAGCAUGACUCAGAGAGAUUAGGAAGGCCAAGCUUUGGCAGCCAGCUUCUUCACCUCUCUUCCUCUACGAUCCAUCCUCUCAUCCAUAUGCUCCACCCACUGUUUCUCUGUGGCUACUGCAGCUUUGGACAGACAAAACCUUUUUUUAUUCUCCUCUGAAAAGCGCAAUUAAUCAUUUCUAGGAGUGAUCAAAAGCCACCGCCACAUCACCAUAAUCCACCCAUUCAUUUAGGUGUAUAGCUUUGGAAAAGGUUCUGAAUGAAAUAUGUCAUUUUUGAAACGUUUGAUCGAUUUGCACUGAUUUUUUGAAUCAGUUUGUUCUCUAAAGCCAAAACAUAGUUUAUGAGGGAGCCCUCCUCACUGAAGACAAAAAUAUGUGCACUGUACUUUCCCCUAAUGUGCUGUUUAUAGCCUGACAUCAAAUGUUUCAUCAUUUCAGGGGUCUUCUGAUACAUAACCUUUGAACCACUAGGGUGCAGUCAGAGUGUUCAUCUCUAGAGGUUUAAACUGUGCAUAUUACUUUAGCAGGACAACUUAUAUCUUUAUGUCCUCCCUUGAUGAUUUAAUAAUGAAGGAUAAUUCUCUGUAUAUUCUAUACAGCGGAUGUUGACACACAGCUGGUGAUGAAGCAGUCACACUCUUGAUUGUUUGUUUCACAAUGUGAACUUUCUUAGAAACACAACCUGAUAUAAAACAGCAAGCAUUGGUUUCCAUCGCCCUACUCCCACCUCCCCCAUAGUGUACUGGAGCAGAGGUCUCUUUGCUCAGUUGUAUAGGUCUCGUUUGCUGGUACACCUGCUGUACAUGCUUAUGAAGAGAAUUCUUCCAAAAGUCAGAACUGACGUGGAAACAUUUUGCUGCAGUCCUCAGUGACUUUUUUGCUAUACUCUCUCAAUCUUAUCUGUAAUCCUAGCAUGUGUGCGGACUUCACGUUGUCCACCGUUGUGCCAUAAAUUCAUAAUAUUUUUGUUCAGCCAUUUUCUCAUGCCUUUCUGCUUUCCUGUGGUUUUCCUCUCUUGGACUAUGUCAGUUCAAACCAACUUUCCCUCACUGUAACCCUGACCUCCAUGUGCGCCUGUGCCUCCUCUGACUCCUCAUGUGUGUCCUAUCCUGCUGCUGCUUGGAUCCUUCCUUGCUUAUUCCUCAAAGUGGGACUUUGGACAUUGAACCACUACAAACUCUAAUAUAUAUAAAUAGUUAAAUACGCACAGUAUAUAGAAAUGGAUCUAUGAAUAUAUUGAAAUGAAAGCCACAAUUUCUAUUCUCCCAAUAUUAUGACAAUGUUGGCAAUGGUAAUAUACUGAGAACUGAAUCUGGUUAAUGACUAUAUCUGUAUUUCUGUAUUUCCGUGUUAUAUAAAUACUAUUCCCAGAGAAACUUACUAGUGAUUGUGUGUGGAAUCUGGAGCUGCCGUCCUGCUCUUCUGAUUAAAACAUUUUUUUUUUUUUUAUUAUUUUGGGUCAAGCCAAGUUGUGACUAAAAGACAACAUCAUCUGAACAGCUGUUUGACUGACUGUAAAUGACAUGUGAAUAUUUAGAAAAGUCUUUCAUUUAACAAUCAAUCAAAUGGGUUUAUGGAUUGUUUUCUGAUUUCAUUGAUCAGAUGAAUUCAAUAAAAACUAAAUGGUUCUUUUAUUUUUGUUAUACCUAUUG